GAAUCCGUUUACAACUGUAAGUGCGCAUAACGGAGCAAGAGUCGACGUUCAAGUUUAAAUUAAGAUAAUCUAGCGUCUUUUAAAAAUGGGGUCUCUUGUAUACUAAAUAGUCACAGCUAUGAUGUUAUCACUUUGUCCUGAAUAAGUAAACGUACGCUAAUCAACUUACACAGCGCUGGGUGUGCUCAAUUAUGGAGAUCAUUAAGAAAUACUUCUACAUUUUAUCUUGGAUUUUGCUUUACAUAGGAAGAACAAAGUCCCAGUUUAUCUUCAAUCUCACCGAAUCUACAAGUACAGAGUGUACGAAGGACGCUGAUUUGGUUUUCCUUAUUGACACGUCUAGAAGUCUAGGUCUGCGGGCGUACCAAAAGGAGCUCCAGUUUGUGGAAAGGGUCCUCGAAGGUUACGAAAUUGGCACAAACAGGACCAAAGUAGCUGUCAUAACUUUCAGCGCUGGCAGCAGACUGGAGUUUGACUUCAAUAGAUACAAUACCAAAGCUGAUGUUCUGCAAGGCAUCAGAAACAUUCCUUAUACCGAUGGAAUGAGCACAACUAUUUACCGAGCGCUUGAGCAAGCCAGGCGGGAGGUGUUUGUUCCAGAAGCUGGCGAUAGGCCAAGUUUUAAAAAUUUGGCGGUUAUUCUUACAGAUGGAGAGACCAAUCCAGGUAGCUUUGAUCCUUAUAGCUUUCUAAUGGGGAAAACCCUGACGAGACAAGAAGCCAAUCAACUGAAAUUCCACGGGGUGGAGGUGUUUGGAAUAGGGGUGGGGCACCGCGUUGAUCACGUGGAAAUGGUCGGGAUAUCAAGUGGCUCCAAAAAUUACCUUCGUGUAGGCGACAUUGACGAUUUGGAGUCCUCUAGGUUGUUCAAAAUACUCUUAAACAAUGUGUGUGCAAGUUCCUUGCGACAGCCUUGCAACAACAAACCAGCUGACGUCAUCUUCAUGGUAGACAAAUCUUCCAGCCUCGGCAGCGUCGCCAAUUUCGACAAAGAGUUGUCCUUCAUCGCCAGAUUUGUGGACGGCUUCAAUAUAGGUCAAGGUCCCCGGGAUGUGCGGGUCGGGGUCAUCUCCUUCAGUACAGAUGCGCAGUUGGAGUUUGGACUUUCAUCUUACAACGACAAGUCCAGCUUGCUAAAUGCGUUGUUAAACAUUGAUUUCUCGCUUGGGAAUACGUAUACCCACAAGGCGUUCGAGGUUUUGCUCAAUCAAGGAUUCUCUACAUCUACUCGACCUAGCACUGUGCCUCGCGUUGGUGUCAUAAUGACGGACGGCCAGUCAACUAAUCCCUAUAAACUGGAAGAUAUCAUCAUGAAGGUCAAACUGAAAGGAAUAGAAAUAUUCUCCAUCGGUUUUGGGAGCGUGGACGUGACAGAACUCAACAUGAUGGCCACUGUCCCAGACCACACCCACGUGUUUGUAGUAGACGAUGUCCAUACACUCGACACGGUGCGAGACGAACUGUAUUUAGAGAUCUGCAAUCUGAUUGGACAAUCCUAGCGUUAAAUUA